AUGAGUCUACGUCAACGAUCCUCAUCCGCCCUUACCCAGGCCGCGGCCAGGCGGGCCGCAGCACCGCCCUGUGUGCUCUGCCGCCUGCCACACGAACAAUUUCGAGUACAGCGAGCCGGUAUUCAUUCCACGUCGAGAAAGGAUUCAGCCUGGGCGGCUGCGGCGCAGGUUGCCUCCAAUGUCGUGGGCAACAUGGUCAAGAAGGCCAGCUCGGAUACCAUGACCAUCGACCCCCUCCGGACAGUCGCUAAGGAGAUGAAAUUCCUCACUGGAAAUAUUCGGAAGCUUCUUGGCUCUGGCCACCCUUCGCUCGACCGAGUUGCAAAAUACUAUACCCAAGCUGAGGGCAAGCAUGUCCGGCCCUUGAUCGUGCUUCUCAUGAGCAGGGCCACACACCUGUGUCCCAAGAACCCUCACAGCGACAUUCCGCAGACCGCUCGCGGCAUCGACUCGUCAAUAUCACCCCGCCAGGUUCUGGGUGACUUCAACCCCUCGGCCCUGCCGCUUACAGCCCCGGAGACCGACAUGGCCAGCUCGGAGCUGGACAUCCUUCCCAGCCAGCGACGGUUAGCCGAGGUGGCCGAGCUCAUCCAUACCGCUUCACUACUUCACGACGAUGUCAUUGAUCAUUCAGAGGCGCGCCGCGGAGCUCCGUCUGCCAAUCUUGAGUUUGGUAACAAGAUGGCCGUGCUUGCCGGAGACUUUCUGCUGGGUCGGGCCUCUGUCGCCUUGGCGCGCCUACGCAACGCCGAAGUAGUUGAGCUCUUGGCUACCGUUAUUGCCAACUUGGUGGAGGGCGAAUUCAUGCAGUUGAAGAAUACUGAGCGGGACGAGCGUAAUCCCAAGUGGUCCGAAGAGACCCUCACCUACUAUCUGCAGAAGACAUACCUGAAGACUGCUAGUCUCAUCUCCAAGUCUUGCCGCGCCGCCGCGCUGCUUGGCAAUACCGACGCUGCCACGGUGGAUGCUGCCUACUCCUACGGCAGAAACCUGGGGUUGGCAUUCCAGCUGGUUGACGAUAUGCUCGAUUACACUCGUUCGGACAAGGACCUCGGCAAACCUGCUGGCGCUGACCUCGAACUCGGCCUCGCCACCGCGCCACUUCUUUUUGCGUGGAAAGCGAAUCCCGAGCUUGGUGCCCUUGUUGGACGCAAGUUUGAGAGGGAGGGUGACGUCCAGCAUGCCCGCAAACUUGUCCUCCAGAGCGACGGCAUCGAGCAGACCCGCGCCCUUGCGCACGAUUACUCGGAAAAGGCCAUCGCUGCGAUUGCGCACUUUCCCGAUAGCGAAGCCAAAGAUGGUCUUAUCGAUAUGGCCGAGAAGACUGUCAAGCGCAAGAAAUAA